AUGGCAGGUCUGCAAAGAGUCACAGGAGGUGGCCUACCCAUCAAUCUUGGAGGAUCUGGGGGCGGGCAGGCGGGCUGGGCAAGGCGCAUGCCGAGGAGAAGGGGAGGGGGGGAGCUGGUGGUGCCGUGGGGGGGGGGCUUCAAUGGGGGUGCUGCUGAGGGCAAGGGCGAGAAGGGUGGGCAGUGGAGGGAGAAUCUGAAGGGGCGGUCAGAGUCAGAGUCUCGUAAGAAUGAAGACUGCCUCUCCCUGGAUGCCAGCAAUCCACAGCAGACCCGCGUGGAGGCUGCUGGAAUCGAGGAGGUUAGGCAGGAGGUAGGAGGAGGGAUCGAAGGAACAGAGGGCGUGGGGGGGGGGCAGGGAGGCAUGAAGAACCCUCUCAUGCGCACUCUCUCACCUCCUCCCACAGCCAGCCACCGUCCCAUCGUUCGCUGUCUUGCAGACGUGGACUGCAUUUUGGAGUUUGCAGCUGCCAUGCUCACCCCACCGGAUUGCUCCAAGUGCAAGAGAUGCAUCAACUACACCUCCCACAUCCCCUUCGUCACCCUCGUUGCCAACUUCACCUACGGCCCUGCCAGCGUCCUCAUGCAGGGGCUGGACCCCUUACCCAUGGGCGUUGCCUCUCUGAAGAAAGAGAAGGAGAAUCUCGAGCGCGUGUGGGAGCAGGUGGAGCGUGUGCCCAUGGCCCUGCUGCUCAGCAUCGCUUUGAGAUGGCCGCACCCCGUUCUCGUUCCCGGCGGGUUCGAUGAGGACGGCAGCCGGACGCCGCUGGAGGGGCUAGGGUGGGUUGGAGGAGGGAGAUUUUGGAGCCGUGGGGGCUUUGGGGGUGGCAGGGGUGGUGAGGAGGAUUUCUGGGAUGGUGGAGAAGUAUGGGAGGAGGUUUGGUCGUGGUGCGGUGCGGCAAUGAUUGCUUGGUCGGCGUAUGUCAAUGGGGGCAGUGAGACAUGUAGGGGAAAGCUGGGAGGGAAGGCGAGUGAGGUUUUGAGCCCCGAAAAAGUGUAUGAUCUCUGUCGGAGGACUGCCAAGGACUAA